AUGCCUCUUCUCCAUAUAUCUCAAUGUGUACUUGGCCUGCGACCGAAGUUCUAUGGGUUGGAGAACUGUUAUAUGCACCGUCAAUGUAUUUAUGUUAUUAAUCACCAGAGCUUCAUUGACGCCAUAGCCAUUUCUCGUCUAUGGCGUGAGCCUUCAUCGUCUAUUGUAAAAGAUUCUCUUCGUUUCUAUGGACUGGGAUGGCCAAUGAUUUACUUUAUGAAGAUCCUUCCAAUCGUUAGAAAUGAUCAUACUAAAGCAAUGGAAACUAUGCGGCAAGCAGCCGAAAUGAUCAAAAAGGAACAUGCAAAUAUGUUCAUUUUUCCAGAAGGGACUCGAAAUCGCACUAGUCGGUUAUUGCCUUUCAAGAAAGGUGCCUUUCAUCUUGCGAUCCAAACACAAAUCCCAAUUGUACCUGUGAUCAUAUCCUGUUACAACUCCUUUCUUGAUCACAAGAAUAAGAUUUUUGACGAUGGUGAGUAA